AGAUUUCCUCGGAAGUGUCGAGUUAGGCUUCUGAUUGAGCCCAAGAUGGAGAACAGCGUCGCAAGAACAGUGGCGCACCGCAUGGAGGAUUUCAUGAAGCGCCCCAAGGGAUAGGAAAGUCUACGGAAUUCAUGCAGUUCUCUUUUCGCUGCUGAGGAGUUUAUUUUGUCUCUGGGAGCUGGGACCUUGGGUUAAGCUCUAGUGCUAGAUCGUUCGUUUUGGUCUGCACUCUGCACAGUGCACAGACCCUUCCCCCGUGUUCCCGAAUCCCGAAUCGCGACCCAAACAGAGAGGCCAGGAGCGGAGGACUAUGGCCGUAGCCAGACAUGGCGGCCGCGGCACCGCGCUCCUCCUGCGGGCCCGUUGGCAGCCCGCCGGCUCGGGGGCGCGGUGCAUCCACGAGGGCCCGGACACCAUCGAGGAGCUGCUGGACCGGCACCUCGUGAAGAAGCCCGCGGCGGGCCCGGACGAGGAGUCGGCGGAGGCGCGGCGGCGGCUGACGAGCUCCCGGCGGGAGGCGCUGGCCCUGUACCGGGACAUCCUCCGGGCGGCGCGGCUCUUCGCGUGGACCGACGACCGCGGGGUGCCGUGGCGGGAGGUGCUGCGCGCCAACGCCAGGCGCGAGUUCGAGGAUGCCCGCGGGGAGCGCGACCCGGAGGUGGUGGCGCGCCUCCUCAUCGGCGGCCGCGACGCCGUGCAACAGGCGCUCGACCGCCUUGCCGACGCCUCACGCCGCGCGAUCGAGACCGAGGAGGCCAAGCGCCGUGGCGGAGCGUAGAUUUGGAGUCGGGUAUUCCAAACUUACGCGUCAUGUGCUAGCAUUUGCUUAAUCUUGUUGUAAGCGACGAUCUCUAAUUCUCAAUGUCUGGUAUAAAAAUGGUUUCAAGGAUUAGGCUAGCUCAAGCAGUACUACUAUGCAUGUUUGAUUUUCACUUCACAAGAAUCUGAGAGAGAAACACUUCAAUUUCUUGCAUUUGAUCCAUGUAUGAUGUGUCAUACAAUGAAUACAAUCAGCUCAGCCUUUUUUACAUUGCUUAUGAAGGGAAAAAACAACUUUGUA